GCAAGAGACCUGGGAGGAGAGAGCGAGAGAGAGAGUACGAGUGCGAGGACCAGAAGCCGCAUUUGGGCUGUGAGUGAGUGAGAGAGAGAGAGGAAUCGCGCCAUCACUGCUGCUACUGCUGCAGGAGGGAGGUAAACCGCAGCCGGCGGGAAGGGAGGAAAAAUCGUCGGAUGCAAACAGGAAAAAAUAAUAAUAAAGUAACCGCUACGACAUUGAACCACAUCGAUUUAACGAGCAGUUUUAGUUUGCAAAUCCGCCUUUUUUUCCCGAUAGAGGCGCACGCUCUUUUUUUUUGCGCAUUGAAUGACAACAGGUUGAUUCGUGUGCAACAAGCCUUUUCGAACAUUAUUUAUUUGGGAAUUCACUUCAUCGAAUCAAAAUGAGCACCAGCGUGUCACAGCACAUGGCGAUGCACAGUCCCCUGGGGAGACCUGCUGGGGUGGGUGUCCUGUGCCAAAAAUGUGGAAAACCCUGCAAAGGUGAAGCCCUACGAGUGCAACACCAGUUCUUUCACAUCAAUUGCUUUACCUGCAAAGAAUGUGGAUCUGAUUUAGCUGAGGGUGGAUUUUUUGUCAGGCAAGGAGAGUACAUCUGCACUUCUGACUAUCAGAAACUGUAUGGAACACGGUGCUUCAGUUGCAGUGAAUUUAUAGAGGGCGAAGUGGUUUCUGCUCUGGGGAAAACAUAUCAUCCAAAUUGCUUCGUUUGUGCUGUCUGCAGACAGCCUUUUCCUCCUGGAGAUCGUGUGACUUUUAAUGGAAAGGAAUGCAUCUGCCAAAAGUGUUCUCAGUUUCCGGCCACCAAUUCAAAACACGUGCCGGCUCAAGCUCCGAUAAACUGUGAAGGCUGUGGCUUGGAAAUUAAAAAUGGCCAAUCCUUGGUAGCUCUGGACAAGCAGUGGCAUCUGGGAUGCUUUAAGUGUCUUACGUGUGGGAAAGCUCUGUCUGCUGAGUAUAUCUGCAAAGAUGGGAAUCCUUACUGUGAGGCUGAUUAUCAUUCCCAGUUUGGAAUCAAAUGUGAACGCUGCACAAAAUUUAUUACUGGCAGAGUAUUGGAGGCGGGAGAAAAACAUUAUCAUCCAGACUGUGCAAGAUGUGUCAGGUGCGAGGAGAUGUUUGCAGAAGGUGAUGAAAUGUAUCUGCAAGGUACUUUAAUCUGGCAUCCAGUCUGUAAGCAAGCUGCCAGGGCAGAAGAAAAACAAAAGGCUACUCGUACAUCUUCUGAGAGCAUCACAUCUGUUCCAGCCUCAAGUACUUCAGGAUCCCCAAGCCGUAUAAUAUUUGCCAAGCUAGAUGAUGAGAUUCUUGACUACAGGGAUUUGGCUGCUCUUCCCAAAGUCAAGGCCAUUUACAACAUUGAUCGUCCUGACAUGAUCUCCUAUGCGCCGUAUAUCAAUUACUCUUCCAUUGACAGGCAUAGAAUGGGGGAGCCUCCUCGACAGCAUCAUCGAACACAACCUGAGGACGAACAGGAAGGACCGCGACAGCGUAGAGCUUCCAGUCCUGGAUCCUUUGCGUCUCUUGGCUAUGGACGCUACACACCAUCAUGGUCUCGUUCACCACAACAUUUCCACAGACCAGUGCUCACCUCUGGUGGUAUUCAUUCCCUGCAUACUGGUAGUUACAGCUCCUUGUCUACACACUCCAGCCUUCCGUCCUCCCUCACACCUAACUAUGUUCCAUAUUUUAAAGGCAGUGAAAGUCGCUGGAGCACUCCUAGCUUAUCCAUGAACCUAGACAGCAAAUCUUAUGUCCAGGCUCCCAGACAUUUCCAUGUUCCAGAAACCGAGGGGAAAGCAGAUAACAUCUACAGAAAGCCUCCUGUCUACAGACAAUAUGUAGGUGAAUGGCAAAGCAGAGGAUUUUGGAGUGAAGACAGCGAUGAAGGCGGCGGACCGGUUUACUGGGAUCAAGAUGACAAAAAAGUGAAGCCGAGUUCAUUGAAGGGCCAGGUGGAGAUUGCAGAUAACUCUCAAGACCUGGACCCUAAAUCAUCAUCUCGAAGCCCUGCUGCUGAUAGAGAACCACUACAAAGAUCCAACAGCGAAUCACUCUUUCAAACAAAAAUUCCUCACUCCAAAUCAGCAUCCCUGCCAGGUUAUGGAAAAAAUAAGUCACACAAGGCUUCAGAGUUUGAAUCAACUCCUGACACCAGCUGGGGAAUGAGAGAAUACAAGAUUUACCCUUAUGAAAUGUUAGCUGUUACAAUGAAAGCUCGUAUCAAACUACCAAAGGAUGUGGACAGGACCAGGCUUGAGCGACAUUUGUCUCCAGAGGAAUUCUAUCGGGUAUUUGGAUUGCCAAUAGAAGAAUUUAAUCGACUUGCAUUAUGGAAGCGUAAUGACAUGAAGAAAAAAGCACGGCUGUUUUAACUGGAAAUUAAUACAUACAUUUCAACAGGAAAAUUCCUCCUUGGCAAUCCUACUAAAAAAAAUAAAUGCCUCCGCUCAGAAAUGGAACAUCCAAUGUGUUAUAUCAUCAACCGUUGGAUUUUGAGAAUGUGUGGGCCUUGAAGUUAUGUUAACGCUAAUCUUGCAUGAAAAACUAGGUAUUGCAGCCAUUAAGCUCUAAGCUUAGACUGUUGUUUGCUGAAGACAUGUAUAAAAUUGCCAUCUAUUUAAAUUAAAGUGUAAUAGAACUGCUUGUGAAAGGAGGGGGGAAAUGGGAAAUUCAGGAUGUUAAUAUAUAAAAGUGCAUUUUAUUCUGGUGAAAAGAAAAGUGAAAAUCUCCGACCUGGCAAUAAUUUGUUAACAUCUCAUUAAUUGCUCCAGGUUUUUUUAACAAUGACUGGUACAAUAAUAUGUUAUUGCAAAUAGGCUAGUUGGUCGGGAGCAUACUUGAGAUCAAUUAUAGAAAUUAAUAUAGGUAUAAUUACUGCUUCUUGCUAAUACCUGUGGAAAAAUUAUGUGGUGGAAAGCAGGAGAUAAAACUAAGUUAGUACUGCACUUUAUUCAUAUAUACAAACAUAUACUCAAGAUUCUAACACCUUGUGCAAUUAUCUGGAUUGGUGUCCAUUAGUACACUAACAUUUUUGUAAAUGUGCAAUAUCUAUAACACUCACAAGAACUAAAUUUAAACCUGCUGCAGUGAAAUGCAACAAAACAUUAUGUCUGCAGUAGUUACAUGUUAGCCGGUCUUUGGUUAGAAGGCCCUUUUAUAAAACUUGGGCCUAGAUAAUAUUUACAUCAGUGACAAAAUGGUAACAUUUCUGGUUUCAUUUAUUUUACAUAAUACUGGUGGAAUUUUCUGAGUCUAAUUUGAAGUUGUCAUAGAAUAACUAUAGGUUUCAAUUAAAUAUUAAGAAGAAAAAUAUUCAGGAUUAAUUCCACCAACAAAAAAAACUCCCCAAAGUAAUAUUUAGGGCUCGAAAUUGAGUUGAGAAGCAUCAAUCUAAGCUAGAUGAAAAUGGGUUUCAAAAUGGAAGCACAUGCUUAUUCAUAUAAACAUAGAAAAUAGGUGCAAGAGUAGGCCAUUCGGCCCUUCGGGCCAGCACCGUGGCUGAUCAUCCAAAAUCAGUACCCCAUUCCUGUUUUCUCCCCAUAUCCCUUGAUUCCGUUAGCCCUAAGAGCUAUUAUCUCUCUCUCUAUAUUCAAUUGGAGGUAUUCUAGUUAUGAUAUUGGGUAAGGAGAAACAAAGGAUGUCAGAUACUCAUGGCAGGAGCAUCUGCCGAGCUGCCUAACCCAAUAUCUGUUGCAUAUUCUCACAGUGUCAUGAGAAAGCCAGCAAUAGUAGUUCCUGUACUCAGAAAACUAGCAACAUUGCUAUAUACGUGGCAUCAUUCUUUCACCAGGUUCAAGAACCACAAUAUUGAUCAUCCUAUUCCUGACUGCUAAUUUUCUU